AUGGCCACGGUGACCCUGACGACGCCGCGGUCAGCGCGCGCCAACCCGGGUGCGCCAUUCUUGCCCGGCUUUGUUCCCCAUGAGCUCAGAACAAACAACGCCAAACAGCAAACACUUGCAUAUGCCCCGGGCGGUGAGACAGACAAGCCGUUGACGGCCAGACAGAAGAUGGCUUUGCCAAAGAUAGAUUUGUCUGUGCUGGAGCACUUAAACAACCCGUUCCACCGCUAUGACCUGUCCUCCCGCUCCUUCACGCACGACGAGAAGCGGGAAAUGAAGGACUCUGCCCGGAAUACCUACCGGCCAUCCCUGCAGCCCGCAUGGCUGAAGCACGACCGUCACGUGCUUCGGUUCUAUGCCUACUUCCAGGAGGCGGUUCACGAGAACCCCAAGGAGAGCUUCAGGAUCCGCGCCUGCAACGUCUACUUCUACCUGGAAGACGGGACCAUGAUGGUGAGCGAGCCCAAAGUCGAGAACUCGGGGAUCACGCAGGGGACCUUUGUGAAGCGACACCGCAUCCCCCGCCCUGCUAGCCUGGGAGGCGGCAUGUAUGGCUUCGAGGACCUGCAGGUGGGCCGGAGAAUCUCCGUCUACUCCCGUGUGUUUCGACUCAUUGGUGCGGAUGCCUACACCCGGAGCUUCUACGAGACGGCCUUGGGGCACGAGAUGCCUGAGAAUGAGGAGCUGCCGAUGGACUCCUUCAGUGCGGCGGACCUUCCCGAUGACGAGGAGUUGGUGUCCGCCAGGCGCGCGACGCUCCAAGAAGCAAAGGAGUACAACGAAAUUGCCGUGGGCGGGUGCUGUCGGAAUGAGAAGCUGCAGCAGUACCUGGAGAAUGACCGGAAAGUGCUGCGCUUCAACACCUUCUGGGAUGACCAUACCAAGUAUGGCUCGCGAAAGUACUACACGAUGCACUACUACCUGGCAGACGACACGAUCGAGAUGCUGGAGAACUUGCCUAGGAACGCGGGCUGCGCUCCCUACCCGAUCUUCUGGCGCCGGUCACCGCUGAGGAAGAACCCCUACAUUGCGCCGGCUCCGGGAAUGCUCGAGCCCCCACCACUCAUCUACAAGCCCGAGGAUCUGAUAGUUGGCGAGACCAUUGACGUCUUGGGCCGCGAGAUCGUGCUUUACGACUGUGACGACUUUACCCGCAGCUUCUACCAAAGCUACAUGGGCCUGGAGCAGGCCAGCAUCAAGAUCGAUCAUCCAGCUUUGACGCACGUGAAGCUCAGGUAUCCGCCCUACAACGGAUUUGGGUCGGAGGAAGACUCCUUGGCAAGCUGCAAGGGCCUUGUGUGCAAGCCCCCCCGGCGGGAUGAGCAGAAGGAGUUGGCAGAUGCAGACAAGGUGCUUCGCUUCGAGGCAGUCUUGGCCGACGAUGUGGAGGAGAACGAGACCAGGAGGUUCGUAGUGGCGAUCUGGCUCGGGGAUGACAGCGUGGGAGUCUGGGAGAUCAAGCAGCGAAACUCUGGUCACUCCGAGGGCAAGUUUGCCAGCAAGUCGCGCAAGAAGAACCCCGCCACGGGCAAGUGGUUCAAGCCGGAGGAGUUCUACAUCGGUGCGACGGUGGCCAUCAGCGCCAGCCCUUUCCACCUUAAGGGUGCCGAUGAAAAGGCUCUCUGCUAUAUGGAGGAGCACUCAUCACAGUUUGCGGUGUCAAAUGUCGACGCCAUUCUUUUCAAGCUGCGUGGGCUCAAGGAGCCCUUGCAGAAGCAGAGCGGGUUCGUCAGCGGCGCAGAUCUUAAAAAGAUGGCCGAGGAGCGAGGUGUGCCGCUCUGCGAGCACGAGGUGCUGACUCUCUCCCGCCGCUUUGGCAGAUACGUGUGGAUUUUCGGGAAAGCUGCGGUCGACGCUGCGAAGCUGGCGCAGGCCCUCGAAUGA